AUGCCGUAUAAGUUGUCUGCAACGCUCGCGGCGCACUCCGCUGAUGUUCGUGCGGUUGCUUCACCAUCGAACGAUCUUGUGCUGUCGGCCUCACGAGAUUCGACAGCGAUCUCCUGGCAAAGAUCCACGGACGAACCUAUCUUUGUACCGGCCAAUAUCCUUCGAGCGGGCUCACGCUACGUCAAUUCAAUCGCGUAUAUACCUCCAACACCGGAUGUGCCAAAGGGUUACGUUGUGACGGGUGGACAGGACACAGUCGUAAACGUCUUUCGGCUAGACAACCCAGGAGACGAUCCGGACUUCUCGUUGCUUGGACAUACGGAGAAUGUGUGUGCGCUGGACACGACUGCUAGCGGGGUCAUAAUCUCUGGGUCAUGGGACAGGACUGCCAAGGUUUGGUCUAAUUUCGCUCUCACCUACGAUUUGAAAGGCCACCAGCAAUCGGUGUGGGCCGUACUUGCAAUCGACGAGCAACAAUUCUUGACAGGCUCUGCCGAUAAAACCAUCAAGAUAUGGAAAGAGCAUAAAUGCAUACAGACAUAUCAAGGCCACCGAGAUGCAGUACGAGGGCUGGUCCUCAUACCAGACAUCGGCUUCGCUUCCUGCUCAAACGACAGUGAAAUACGUGUAUGGACCCUCGGGGGCGAUGUAGUAUACACUCUGUCUGGGCAUACAUCCUUUGUAUAUAGCCUUUCCGUCCUGCCCAACGGUGACAUCGUCUCCGGUGGAGAGGAUCGAUCGGUUAGGGUUUGGAGGGAUGGUGAGUGCUCGCAGACCAUCGUCCACCCGGCUAUAUCCGUCUGGGCCGUCUCCUCGAUGCCAAACGGUGAUAUCGUCAGUGGCUGCAGCGACGGCGUGGUGCGCAUAUUUAGUGCCUCGGAGGAACGAUGGGCGUCUGCGGAAGAUCUGAGCGAGUACGAGCAGAGGGUUGCUAGUACGGCUUUGCCCGUUCAACAGGUCGGAGAUGUGAAGAAGAGCGAUCUCCCUGGGUUGGAAGCUCUUGACGUACCUGGCAAGAAGUCUGGAGAAGUCAAGAUGGUGAAGAACGGAGCGUUGGUGGAAGCACAUCAGUGGGAUAGCGCUUCAAAUGCGUGGCAGAAGAUCGGAGAUGUCGUGGAUGCCGUAGGACAAGGUCGCAAGCAGCUCUACCAAGGCAAGGAGUAUGACUACGUCUUCGAUGUCGACAUUCAAGACGGCGUCCCACCCCUCAAGCUACCGUAUAACGUAACUGAAAACCCGUACUCCAGCGCACAGCGUUUCCUCGCCGCCAAUGAGCUCCCUCUGACCUACCUCGAUGAGGUCGUGCGGUUCAUCGAGCGGAAUACAGCGGGAGUGAACAUUGGGACAAGCGGUUCAGAGUAUGUGGACCCGUAUACAGGUGCCUCAAGGUACCAGAGUUCGGUCCCUUCUGCGCCACAGGCCGAUACAUCUAUGUACGUCGAUCCAUAUACCGGGGCCUCAAGGUAUACUGGCACCCCGGCGUCUGCCCCUUCAUCCACACCUGCCACCAACUACAUGGACCCGUUCACUGGAGCCUCAAGGUAUAGCGGCGCGCCUGCGCCUGCCCAAGUUGCUCCCGUAGCACCUGCAAUUCUGCCCGUACCGAAAGCCAUUACAUUCAAGCAAGCGAAUGUGGCAGCUAUGCAAAAUAAAGUACAGCAAUUUGACGACGAUUUAAAAAAUGAAAUAUCUACUUCUUCGUUGGCCAUGUAUCCAGAGGAGGCCACUGCGUUAGAAGAAAUCUUCUCUCAUCUCACACCCUUGCUCUCGACGCCUCCUAGGCGUCCAGCCGCCCCUUUGUCGGAGAGGCAUGUGGACGCAAUCAUACAGAUCUUAGGGCGGUGGCCCAUUUCCCAGAGAUUCCCUGUUAUCGAUCUCAGCCGCCUUCUCACCGGCUUUUGUCCCAGCGUGUUCUCGGCCCCUGGACUGCGAGAACGAUUCUUAGAGGCGCUUUUCGAAGCAUCGGAUUGGUCCUCCUCAUGGUCCACACCACUGCCCAAACCCAGGGAGACUAACAUCCUUCUGCUAUUGAGGACCCUAGCCAAUUCAUUUCAAGAAGGAACACGCCUUGAUGAGGGAACAUGGCCUACGAAGGUCUUUGAAGGAUUGUCUCAGGCACCCUACACUACCCUAAACAAGACUCAUAGAGUGGUAUUGGCGACUAUCCUAUUCAACGUCUCGUGCCUUGCCCUCUCUGCGCCUUCCGAUGCAUCUAUUCGCUCCAAACAUAUCUCGUUGAUUCUUCGGAUACUGGAGACCGAACGGUCAGAUUCUGAAGCUGUGUAUCGUGCCCUGGUCGCUCUAGGAAACAUGGCUCACGCAUGCAAGACGCAUGGGGCCCCGUUCGCCGCGGCCCAGGCUGGGGAAAUUAAGCAGUGCUUACAAGCUUUACCUGGUUCUUUCCCCGAGGACCGAAUUCGUAACAUAACGCGGGAAAUAGGUUCUUUGCUGUGA